AUGGAUCAGUGUGAGGACAGAGAGGAGGGAGUCCCUCCCUCUAAAACCACUCUGUGUGGGGAACAUGAGAGCCAGACCAAAGCUCAGAGGAACCAACGAGGAACUAAACGUAAACCUGAACCUGAACCUGAACCUGAACCUGAACCUGAACCUGAACCCAGGUGUGUGUCCUUACAGAGGGAACAGUCUUUAAAUGGCCUCAUUAAUUUUGAAGGACAACAACCUGCAGACAGAGUGGAUCAGGAGAGCUCAGAGGUUCCCAGUGGUCAGUCUGCCCAGGAGCAUCAAACACAGCUGAACUCCAUUAUUAUGCUGCUGGAGGAAAAUAUCAUAACUUUUGUGAAGAAUGAGCUGAAGAAAAUCCAGAAGGUUCUAAAUCCAGAAUUUCAGUAUCAGAAAGAGGAUGAGGAGUUGGUGCCAGUUGAGGAAGAAGUAAACAGAAAGGAAAACAGAGAAGCAUUUGUGAAGAUCACACUGCACUUUCUGAGGAAAAUGAAGCAGGAGGAGCUGGCUGACCGUCUGCACAGCAAAUUUCCCAUCACCUGCCAGCAUAAACUUAAAUCUAAUCAGAAGAAGAAGUUCCAGUGUGUGUUUGAGGGGAUCGCUAAAGCAGGAAACCCAACCCUUCUGAAUCAGAUCUACACAGAGCUCUACAUCACAGAGGGAGGGACUGCAGAGGUCAAUGAUGAACAUGAGGUCAGACAGAUUGAAACAGCAUCCAGGAAACCAGACAGACCAGAAACAACAAUCAGACAAGAAGACAUCUUCAAAGGCUCACCUGGAAGAGAUGAACCAAUCAGAACAGUGCUGACAAAGGGAGUGGCUGGCAUUGGGAAAACAGUCUUAACACAGAAGUUCACUCUGGACUGGGCUGAAGACAAAGCCAACCAGGACAUCCAGUUCAUGUUUCCAUUCACUUUCAGAGAGCUGAAUGUGCUGAAAGAGAAAAAGUUCAGCUUGGUGGAACUUGUUCAUCACUUCUUUACUGAAACCAAAGAAGCAGGAAUCUGCAGCUUUGAAGACUUCCAGGUUGUGUUCAUCUUUGAUGGUCUGGAUGAGUGUCGACUUCCUCUGGACUUCCACAACACUGAGAUCCUGACUGAUGUUACAGAGUCCACCUCAGUGGAUGUACUGCUGACAAACCUCAUCAGGGGGAACCUGCUUCCCUCUGCUCGCCUCUGGAUAACCACACGACCUGCAGCAGCCAAUCAGAUCCCUUCUGACUGUGUUGACAUGGUGACAGAGGUCAGAGGGUUCACUGACCCACAGAAGGAGGAGUACUUCAGGAAGAGAUUCAGAGAUAAGGAGCUGGUUUCCAAAAUCAUCUCCCACAUCAACACAUCACGAAGCCUCCACAUCAUGUGCCACAUCCCAGUCUUCUGCUGGAUCACUGCUACAGUUCUGGAGGAUAUGCUGAAAACCAGAGAGAGAGGAGAGCUGCCCAAAACCCUGACUGAGAUGUACAUCCACUUCCUGGUGGUUCAGGCCAAAGUGAAGACGGUUAAGUAUGAUGGAGGAACGGAGACAGAUUCACACUGGAGUCCAGAGAGCAGGAAGAUGAUUGAGUCUCUGGGAAAACUGGCUUUUGAUCAGCUGCAGAAAGGAAACCUGAUCUUCUAUGAAUCAGACCUGACAGAGUGUGGCAUUGAUAUCAGAGCAGCCUCAGUGUACUCAGGAGUGUUUACACAGAUCUUUAUAGAGGAGAGAGGGCUGUACCAGGACAAGGUGUUCUGCUUCAUCCAUCUGAGUGUUCAGGAGUUUCUGGCUGCUCUUCAUGUCCAUCUGACCUUCAUCAACUCUGGAGUCAAUCUGCUGGAACAACAACAAACAGCCUCCCAGACAGAGGAACACCUCUACCAGAGUGCUGUGAACAAGGCCUUACAGAGUCCAAAUGGACACCUGGACUUGUUCCUUCGCUUCCUCCUGGGGCUUUCACUGCGGACCAAUCAGAGUCUCCUACGAGGUCUUCUGACACAAACAGGAAGUGGCUCACAGACCAACCAGGAAACAGUCCAGUACAUCAAGGUGAAGCUCAGUGAGAAUCUGUCUGCAGAGAAAAGCAUCAACCUGUUCCACUGUCUGAAUGAACUGAAUGAUCGUUCUCUAGUGGAGGAGAUCCAACAGUCCCUGAGUUCAGGAAGUCUCUCCACAGAUAAACUGUCUCCUGCUCAGUGGUCAGCUCUGGUCUUCAUUUUACUGUCAUCAGAAGAAGAUCUGCAUGUGUUUGACCUGAAGAAAUACUCUGGUUCAGAGCAGGCUCUGCUGAAGAUGCUGCCAGUGGUUAAAGCCUCUAAAAAAGCUCUGUUGAAUAGCUGCAACCUCUCAGAGAGAAGUUGUCAAGCUCUGUCCUCACUUCUCAGCUCUGAGUCCACUAGUCUCAGACAGUUGGACCUGAGUAACAAUGAGCUGAAGGAUUCAGGAGUGAUAGUGUUGUCUUGUGCCCUGAGAAGUCCACACUGUAAAUUGGACACACUGAGGCUUUCAGGCUGUCUGAUCACAAAUGAAGGUUGUACUUCUCUGGCUUCAGCUCUGAGUGUUGACCCCUCAAGUCUGAGAGAGCUGGACCUGAGCUACAAUCAUCCAGGAGAGGCAGGAGUGAAGCUUCUGAAGGAGCUGAGAUUGGAAACUGUCAGGUUGAGUGGCUGUAACCUCUCAGAGAGAAGCUGUGAAGCUCUGUCCUCAGUUCUCAGCUCUGAGUCUUCUAGUCUGAGACAGCUGGACCUGAGUAACAAUGACCUGAAGAACUCAGGAGUGAAGAUUUUGUCUUCUGGAAUCUUGAGUCCACACUUUGAACUGGAAACACUCAGGCUGUCAGGCUGCCUGAUCACAGAAGAAGGUUGUAAGUCUCUGAUCUCAGCUUUGAGCUCCAACCCCUCCCAUCUGAGAGAGCUGGACCUGAGCUACAACCAUCCAGGAGACGCAGGAGUGAAGCUGCUGGAGCAGCUGAAAAUAGAGACAGUCAGGUUGAGUCGCUGUAACCUCUCAGAGAGAAGCUGUGAAGCUCUGUCCUCAGUUCUCAGCUCUGAGUCUUCUAGUCUGAGAGAGCUGGACCUGAGUAACAAUGACCUGAAGAACUCAGGAGUGAAGAUUUUGUCUUCUGGAAUCUGGAGUCCACACUUUGAACUGGAAACACUCAGGUUGAGUAGUUGUAACCUCUCAGAGAGAAGCUGUGAAGCUCUGUCCUCAGUUCUCAUCUCCCAGUCCUCUAGUCUGCGAGAGUUGGACCUGAGUAACAAUGACCUGAAAGAUUCAGGAGUGAAGAUUUUGUCUUCUGGAAUCAAGAGUCACCAUUGUAAACUUCAAACACUCAGGCUGUCAGGCUGCCUGAUCACAGAAGAAGGUUGUAAGUCUCUGGUCUCAGCUUUGAGCUCCAACCCCUCCCAUCUGAGAGAGCUGGACCUGAGCUACAACCAUCCAGGAGAGGCAGGAGUGAAGCUGCUGGAGCAGCUGAGACUGGAAACUCUCAGGGUGGAGCCUGCUGGAGUCCGAUGGCUGAUCCCAGGUCUGAGGAAGUAUUCCUGUCAACUCACAAUCGACACAAACACAGUGAACACAAAACUACAACUGUCUGACAACAACAGGAAGGUGACAUAUGUGGAGGAGGUUCAGUCAUAUCCUGAUCAUCCAGACAGAUUUGAUGUCCUUCAGCUGCUGUGUAGAGAUGGUCUGACUGGUUGCUGUUACUGGGAGGUCGAUUGGAGAGGAGAGGUUUAUAUAUCACUGAGUUACAGAAGACUCAGCAGAAAAGGAGAUGGUUAUGACUGUUUGUUUGGAAGGAAUGAUCAGUCCUGGUUUCUGUUCUGCUCUGAUGUUAAAGGUUACGCUGUCUGUCACAAUAACAGAGAAACAUUCAUCCCCUCCUCCUCCUCCUCCUCCUCUGUCUCUAACAGAGUAGCAGUGUAUGUGGACUGUCCUGCUGGCACUCUGUCCUUCUACAGAGUCUCCUCUGACACUCUGAUCCACCUCCACACCUUCAACACCACAUUCACUGAACCUCUUUAUCCUGGAUUUACAGCCUGGUUUCCUGGUUCCUCAGUGUCUCUGUGCUGAGUUUAGUGUAAAGAGUGUCCUCCUGUCAGAGAAACUCUGACUGUUGAACAGAUAGUUCAGUCUGUACAUGUGUAUCCUUUAACUGUGAAGCAGUUUGACUCUAAAUUGAUGGUUUGUCACCCUCUGUUGGUAAAAAGAUGAACUACAUUCUGAUCUUCAUGACUCGCUCUCAUUAUGUAAAACAUCUUUCAUUUACUUCUAAAUAUAGACCUGAUUUGAUGGAUAACCCUGAUGCUAAAUAUUGACACACUGUUACUCCUGGACUUGUUAGGCAAAUAUCACAAACACACCUGUAAGUGGAAGCAAUGAACUCCUUCAUUCAACAUGUUUAUAAAACAAUUUGACCUUUUUUUGAAG